CUCCAUAAUAAUCAAUCACUUCACUUUAUAUAUAUCUCUCAAAAAUCGAAAUUCGAUAAAUCCACCACAAUUUCAAACCCUAGUCCCCCCUCUGGUUCAGGCAUAGUGAUCUCUCGCGAUGGCCUCUAAACGAAUUCAGAAGGAAUUGAAAGACUUGCAAAAGGAUCCUCCUGUUUCUUGCAGUGCUGGCCCUAUUGGCGAAGACAUGUUUCAUUGGCAAGCAACCAUAAUGGGCCCUAUCGACAGCCCUUUUUCCGGCGGGAUAUUUGUUGUCUCCAUUCACUUCCCACCUGAUUACCCUUUUAAACCACCAAAGGUCUCCUUCCGAACCAAGGUAUUCCACCCCAAUAUUAACAGCAAUGGUAGCAUCUGCCUUGACAUCUUGAAGGAACAGUGGAGUCCGGCACUUACUAUCUCCAAGGUUCUGCUUUCAAUCUGUUCGCUUUUGACAGACCCAAACCCUGAUGAUCCUUUAGUCCCUGAAAUCGCGCAUAUGUACAAGAACGACAGGGCCAAGUAUGAGACCACUGCUCGAUCCUGGACCCAGAAAUAUGCCAUGGGUUAGGGUAUCUGAAAAAGCUCGUGCUUAGUGAAUAAACAAACCACAUCAUGAUAUAGAAAAUUGGUUGUGGCUUGUUACCUUCUAUCAUCCUCCUAAGAACUUUGGCUACAUAGUAAUUAUUAUUAUUAUAUUAUAUAUAAAUCUAUCAGGUGUGACCCUUA